AUGAGGGAGGAGAAGGAAAAGGAUGAGAACAAGAUGGAGAAACAGGAAAAUCGACAGGAAAAAGAAGGGAAGAGGAGUAGAUUGAGGAAGGAGGAGUGGCAAGAGGAGAAGAAGAGGGAGAAGGAAGAAAAGCAAGAGGAAAAGAGGAGGAGAAGGAUAAGGAGAAAAUGGAGGAGGAUAAGAGUGAAGGAGGAUGAGCAGAUGAAAGAGAAGGAGAAGCAAGAGGAAAAACAAGUGAAGGAGGAAAAGAUGUAG